AUGAAGUUGGUCAUCUUGAUUCUGAUUCUUACAAUAUUUAGUACCUAAGCUCAAACAUCACUUAGAGGCAAGAACAAAUUUGGUAUGGUUGGCCAUAAAUAAGACUAGAGUAGAACGAUGAAAAAAUAUAUAUGAAUAAUGCAUAUCCCCCAGAACUAUAAGAAUAUUCAUUAUUUGUGCAAUUAACCAAGCCCUUAUAUGAAACUGCUCCGAUGGAUGUUAUGCUGCUAAACCAUGAGAUGGAAAUAGCUAGAAUGAUGGGCACCCAAGGAGUAACUUUAAGGAAUUACGUACUUGAAGAAUCACCAUUUAGUCCUGCUUGGUGAUUAAUGUUCAAGGACAUCAUUUGAUAUUUCCUAUUCCAUAUAGAAUCAAUAUCUUAAAACCAUCUUACACUUCAACUGCAUUAAAGUCAGUUUUACUUAAAUUUAUACUCUUAUGCAAAGAAUGA